CUUUAGGUUGGUGUGUGUGGUAGAGAGCCACUGGAAGGUGUGUGUGUGCGUGUGUGUGAAGAGGUUCAAAGUGAGGCUGCAGAGAGCUCACCAGGUGCUUCUCUCUGAGGAAGGUUUGUUUCUGGCCAGCUAAUAGUUGAGGAGGAUGAUGUUUGGUGUCCCUCAGAGUCUGCGAGCUCAGGUGAGCCCUGGGCUCCAGACUAAGCUUUAGCCAUGCUGCGGCAGUCGGCGCCAACCUCUAGUACCCUGCACCUGGUAGCCAGCGACAUGACCUCCAUCAUGGAGCAGCUGGACACUAAAGAUCUUUACGUCGGGGAUGGCGAAUUUGACACGACGGAUGCCGGGGACCGGCUGCCCUUCCCAGCAAUUUACAAGACGGUGGGUUUCAAGGAGCCCAACGCCAUGGUCUUCUUGUCUUCUCCGAUCACCGCCAAAAUCUUGGAAGUGGAGCGCUAUACAGCGAAUCCGGAUCGCUUCAACAGCACUAAACAGAGGAGCGUCAAUAAGUCGAUGCCAGCUCUGUAUAAGAUCGAGCUGAAACACGGGGAGUUCACGUGGCAGGUGAAGAAGAAGGAGAAACACUUUCUGGAGCUCCACAGAGACCUGAGGGCGUACAAGGCCCUCAGACGGCUCCAUCUGCCGUCACGAAGUACUACGGUAAGGAGAAAGACGAUGCCUAAGAUGGAGAAGGCGCCGAUACCAGAUCUCCCCCGAGAAGAAGAGAAGGACCGAACGGGAGGAGACAGAGUUUCCAGCCGCAAGAAACAACUUGAAGAUUACUUGAAUAACCUGCUGAAGAUGCCGAUGUACCGGAGCUACCAUGCCACAAUGGAGUUCAUCGAUGUUAGCCAGCUAUCCUUCAUUCAUGAUUUAGGACCAAAAGGCUUGGAAGGAAUGGUGCUAAAGCGUUCUGGUGGCCAUCGAAUCCCUGGGCUGAACUGCUGUGGUCACAGCAGAAUGUGCUACCGCUGGUCCAAACGCUGGCUGGUGGUGAAAGACUCGUUCCUGAUGUACAUGAAGCCAGACUCCGGUGCCAUCUCCUUUGUGAUGCUGUUCGACAAAGAGUUCAGCGUCAAAAUGGACUCCAAAGAGACCGAAACCAGACAUGGCAUCCGAAUCGACAGCUUGUCCAGGUCGUUGGUGCUGAAGUGGUCCACCUACAGACAUGCCCGCUGGUGGGGUCAGUCCAUUGAAAUGUUCUCCCAGAAGUACGGCUCGGCCUUCCUCAAAGACCAUCGCUUUGGAUCCUUCGCCAGAGAGGAGGAGAACAUCCCAGCCAAAUGGUAUGUGAACGGUAAGACCUACAUGGAGGAUGUGGCUGAUGCCCUGGAAGAGGCCAAGGAGGAAAUCUUCAUCACAGACUGGUGGUUGAGUCCUGAGAUCUUUCUGAAGAGGCCAGUCGUUGAAGGAAACCGAUGGCGUCUCGACUGCAUCUUGAAGCGCAAAGCGCAACAAGGUGUGCGGAUAUUUGUGAUGCUAUACAAGGAGGUGGAGCUGGCUCUGGGGAUCAACUCCGGCUACAGUAAGAGGACGCUGCUGCGCCUUCACCCCAACAUCAAGGUGAUCCGCCACCCAGACCACGUCUCCUCUGCCGUCUAUCUGUGGGCGCACCACGAGAAGAUAAUCAUCAUUGAUCAGUCGGUGGCCUUCGUGGGUGGGAUCGACCUGGCGUACGGCCGCUGGGACGACAGAGAACACCGGCUCACAGACAUCGGGAGUGUGACCCUUUCCCACUUGGAGCAGGCUGCAGCUGCACCCUCCAGCACGGCUGCUCCACCCAACAGCAGCACCGGUGCUUCCCAGAACCAAGGGAAGAGAGUUUUCUCGGUGACGGACUCUGCAGACCAGCCCAGGCUGAAGGGUCAGGGGAGGAUGAGGAGGACCAGGAUGAGUAUCAGGAAACACCUGCAGAAACACGGACUGGCUCGUGCCAACAGUGACAGUGACCUGGAAGAGGAGGAGAAGAGUGGCUCUGUACAAAGUCUUCAUACAGGCAUCGGAGAUCUGUUUGGGAACACGAGGUUCUGGCAUGGGAAAGACUACUGCAACUUUGUGUACAAGGAUUGGAUACAGCUAGACAAACCUUUUGAUGAUUUCAUAGACAGACAUAAGACUCCCAGAAUGCCUUGGCAUGACAUUGCUUCUGUAGUUCAUGGGAAGGCGGCCCGAGACGUGGCUCGACACUUUAUCCAGAGGUGGAAUUUUACCAAGAUCGUGAAGCCAAAGUACCGUUCUUUAUCGUAUCCAUAUCUGCUGCCCAAGUCACACACCACAGCCGGAGAGCUACGAUACCAAGUUCCCAACUGCAUCCCCACAAAAGUGCAGGUCCUUCGCUCUGCCUCUGACUGGUCAGCUGGCAUCAAAUACCAUGAGGAGUCCAUCCACAACGCUUACGUCCACGCCAUCAAGAACAGCCAGCACUUCAUUUACAUCGAAAAUCAGUUCUUCAUCAGCUGCGCAGACAAGCUAAUUUACAACAAGAUAGGAGACACCAUAGCAGAACGCAUCCUCAAAGCUUACAGGGAGGGCAAAAAGUACCGGGUUUACGUGGUGACGCCUCUGCUGCCGGGCUUCGAAGGCGACAUCAACACCGGAGGAGGCAUCGCCAUCCAGGCUGUGAUGCACUUCAACUACAGAACCAUGAAUAAAGGAGACCGCUCCAUCGUCUCCCAGCUGAGGAGCGAGAUGGGAGAACAGUGGAUAAACUACAUCUCCUUCACUGGUCUGAGGACUCACGCUGAUCUGGAGGGGAAGCUGGUCUCAGAGCUCAUUUACGUCCACAGCAAGAUGCUCAUCGCCGACGACAACACCGUCAUCAUCGGUUCUGCCAACAUCAACGACCGCAGCAUGACGGGGAAAAGGGACAGCGAGGUGGCGGUGAUGGUGGAGGACUCAGAGACCGUGGACGCCGUCAUGGACGGGCAGCCGUACCGGGCCGGGAAGUUCGCCCUGCAGCUGCGCCUCGAGUGCUUCAGGAUGAUUCUUGGUGCCAACACGGAUCCAUCCAUCGACGUGUCGGAUCCCAUCAGUGACCAGUUCUACAAGGAGACCUGGAUGGCCACCUGCGCCCGCAACGACUCCAUCUACCAAAAGGUUUUCCGCUGUCUACCAUCCAGCGACGUCCGGAGCAUCUCGGAGCUGGAGGGCUUCCUGGCCAAGACGGGCCUGGCCAAAGAGGACCCGGCUCGGGCUCAGGAGGAGCUGAAGAAGAUCCGUGGCUUCCUGGUUCAGUUUCCUCUUCAGUUCCUGAACGAGCAGAACCUUCUGCCUCCCAUCGGCUCCAAGGAGGCCAUGGUUCCCAUGGAGGUCUGGACCUGAGGCGCUUGGUUGAAGAUUGAACGCACGCUAACACCACGUUUGAGGUCCGAUUGAGGCUGUCUUUUAAAAAUAUAUUUUUACUGGAGAGAAAACGGCUCGUCAAGCUUUUUCCCCAGAAUGAAGACUGGCUGGAAUCCGAUGAAGGCAGGAGUCAGCUGGGUUCAGAUUCACAUCACUGUGCUCAUUUAACACUAAUCAACAUAUAGAUCCAAACCUGCCUGAGAUCCAGUCUGAUGAAGACCUGGAAAAUCGAUCGAAUUAACACCAGUUCAUCCUAGAGGCUGAGUCAGGUUCCCAGCAGGUUUAAAGGUUGAUAUUAAGCAGCUACCUGUGCAGCCUCAUUGACUGUGCCAAAGACGAGGGGAACCUGCAGGAACAUUUAGAGGAUCAGUGGUUCAGCUGCAACUUCAGAGGAAAGUCUGCCUGCAAGCUUCAACCCAGGGCAAAGAAUCACACUACGGUUUCUGUAACCAGUCAUUGCUCUAAAUCUGCUAUUCUGGAAAUAUUUCCCUACAAUUUCCGAUAAAACUCUUAAAGAAAGAAGUGGAAUCCAACAGUUUCUUCUAGAAGAUGCCUGAUUUUUUUCAACCAGUGUCUGUAAGGCCAAGCGGAGCAAAAACUUUCAGCUUCUUGUAUUUUUCAACAUUAAAAUGAUUGCAGAUUGUGUUAAUUGUGUCCCGUUAUUAAACCUUUAGGUUAAUUGCCUGUGGAGAUGCUACUAAAUUAUGAGCUUUUUAUUUUGUGCCAGAGGAAAUAAAGUUGUAUCUUUGUGCAACUAUAAAUCAACCAGCUGCUCCUACGGCCAGCAGCUCCUACAGAUGGGCUUCAGGUCUAUCAUCUCUGCAACACGUUCUUCAACCUGAUGAAACAUUUCACAACAAAACAUGGAAACUUUGACCAGCAGACAGAACCUUAAACUCCACAGUGCCUGAAAACCCGCAGCCUCCUUUUCCUGGUUGGAUAUUGACUGUUCAGCUCUCCUCAUGCUGUCCCUCAGCACCAAGCUAAGACCCAUUAAUUUGCUCCUCCUGCAAACGCUAUGCAUCAUCCAGGGCUGGGAAAUAUAGCUCAUUUGCUCCAAAAAGACACUAAAUGGAUUACAAUAGGAGAGCAGCAAGAAGAUAAAGAUGCAGUUUAGUUGUUUCAUCUUUAAUUAUACUUAGAUUGACAGAUAAGAAAUUAAAAGUGCCAAAUAAGUGCCUCCCAGCCUCAUUUACAUUCCUCAGACUGUGGAUUACAUCGUGAAGGACUUGUUCUGUACUUCUGGGUAGAGAUUACUUUACAAAUUUGUCUCUUAUACUUGAAUCAGGAUGAACCUGUGUUUUUCAUUGUUGUGCUGCAUGAUGAGUUGAGUCCAGUGCUACGUUAUCGUGUCAGAAAGUGGAGCCUUCUGUAGCUGAUGUUAUAUUAACAGCUAAUAUGGGUUUGUACAGUAAUGUGGCAGAUGCUUUAAAAAGGUUUGAACCUGCAGUUAUUUUCUCGCCGCUAGAUGGAAGCAGAAUCACCUAAAAUCACAAAAUCAGACAUAUUAACUAAACGUUCCUGAUGGGGGGGGAGAUGUCUUGAAAUACUGGUGUGGUGUGGUGCAAAUACUUGAUUUGCACCACACCAUUAUAAAAUGUUAACCUGCAGGAAAAAUACCACCUCUUUGUUGAGGUUUUUGAUGAUCAGUUGGCAUCAAAAUAUCGUUUAUUGUUUUGAUUUGAUUUGAUUAGACCAUAAAGAAACUGUAAGCUUUCCAUAUUGAAGAGGAAUAUUUUCUCUUAGGUUAGCUUGCCUGAGAUGUAAAUUUUAAUAAAUAUGUCAAUUGUUUGUGUAACUUGUUUUUGCUGCCCCCAAGUGGCCAAAGACGAUAGGAUAAAAUAACUGCAGGAAUUUCGUUUUUUUUUUUUACUUAAAUUUUUACUUUUAGAACAUUUCUUGAUGCAGCAAUAACCUUUGUAUGGGUCUUUACUGUUGGUCUGUUUAUCGUCAUGAAGCUGCAAGCUUGAUUAGAAAAACAAGCCAUUUAGCUGACAGCAUGACAGCAGCUUGUUGCCAUUUCUUCCGACAGAUCCCAGCAUGAACCCUCCGAGGUUUCCUUUAAAGCCAUGAUUGACGUUAAACGGUCUGCCUGUCUCAACUUGAAACCUAUAUUAUUAUUUUAACUUAUCUUCUCUACCUCUGUGUUUCUACCUCUUGCUGCAGUGCAUCUGAGCAGAUGUUUCUUCUCCGAGGAGCAUCUUGGCUGCAGAUGCUCUGAAACAUUCGUCCAUGCUUGAUUGUUCUGUGUUCACCUUUGUGUCUCUAUGGAAAUGCACUGUUUGCACAGACUGUUAUGUGUCUUGAUCUAUAUUGUCUCUCAUAUGUUGCUCUGGUGAAACAUUGGACUAAAUAAAUGUGGGAUUUGAUGGGGAUUAAAAUGAGGCUUUUUCA